GAAGGGUGUUUGUUUUCAAAUGAUCUAAAUGUCUUAUUUAAAAGAACAUUGCGCUGCAGUUUGCAGGCGCCGACUAUGUUUGACUCGACCAAAGGCGCAUUGCUAGUGGCGCCCUCUCUCUCUAACAGCUCGUGCUGGCUGAAUGGUAAAGUUUGGCCUUCAACGUUGCCCGCGCCCGCGGACAUACUAAAGGCUCUAUUUAUAUUUACCCUGUCCAUGGCAAUAGUUUUCGCUAACCUUGUUCUUAUCUGUGUUCUGAAUAACCGACGUUACAUUAAAUACAUUGAUAAUCAGCCAAGGUAUUUGCUGACGUCAUUGGCACUAAACGACCUGUUCACGGGGAUACUCAUCGCUCCAGUGGCACUCCUGCCUGCGUUAUACAAGUGCUGGCCAUACGGAGAAAUAUUCUGCCAAACACAGGCAUUAUUACGUGGUGCCGUAAGUCAACAGAGUGCGGUUAUUUUGGUUUGUAUGGCCAUUGACAGGUAUUUGUAUCUGCUCCAUCCAAAUACCUAUCAAAAGCAUUCGAGUAAAAAGGGCUGCGUAUUAGUUAUAAGCGUGACUUGGAUUUUGUCAGUAUCGUUAUUCGCGAUCAUGGUUCUUCCCAGAUCUGGAUAUUACUUCAAUUCCACUGGCCUAAUGGCUUGUGAUGUGUUUCACAGCAGAGUGGCUUUUAGAAUAUUAUCCUGCUGUGCUUAUUACUUUCCAACAACAAUGGCUCUGAUGUACUGCUAUGGGUCGGGAUUCCACGUCAGUAAAUCGAGGACAAAAUGUGAUCAAGAACCAACAAGACCGAAUGGUGUACCUGUAACAUGUUCCAAAACUAGUCACGGAGAACUAGAGACAGUUCAAAUUCAGGCACCAGUACGACCACACAGUUUAAGUACGUCUCGUACGAUGGCAGCUAUGUCCUUAGGUUUCAUUGUUAUGGUAACACCAGCUACAAUAAAAGAAGUUGUGGCAGCAUGUACGGGAUGUAAAGUUCCACCAUCUCUGGACUUCAUCGUGACGUGGUUGGCAUUAAGCAAUAGUUUCUGGAAUCCAUUCCUCUAUUGGCUUUUAAAUGGCCACUUUCGAAGAAUCAGCAAUGAUUUGGUUCAAUAUUACGUUUGUUGCCGCAGAAAGAAGACUUAUGCAUUCUACCAGAAAAGAACAGGAUGUUGCGGUUCGCCAAUUACUUCUGAAGGCAUACAUUCUAAAGGUGAAUUUGAAGGCCUCGGUGAAAAAUACUGGGGAGAAAUUUUAGAACGCACCGUUUCAUCUACUUCUUUGCAUGCUAUCCAGAAAGCUUGUCAUAGAGACGUUCUUCGGUGUACUGGCUCAUUUAAAGGCUGUCCGAGUAAUAGCUGUAAACAUGAUCCUAGAUAUUACGAUGGAUAUGGACCUACCGAGUACAGACAAUUUGACCACUCAGCAUUUCAAGUAGAGUCAUGUUCUCGUCAGUGUAGACUGAAGAAUUCAGACUUUUGUCUAUUUCGACCAAAUCCAGAAUUUGAAUGCGGCCGUUCACGAUCAAAUCUAAGCUUAGAUGAGGGAAAUUUGGGAAAAACGUGUAAUGGCAGGCAUUCUGAAUUGUGAGAAAUACCGAACUGUCCGGUUUUCGGGCAUAGAAGCAAUAGUAUAGGUAUAUA